AUGACCCCGCCAGACGUGAAUGAAUUCUUUGGUCUCAGUCAACCUAGUGGUUGGGAAGCAUGGCAAUUUGCUCGUCCUCUCGUUACCAUCACGCCAGAGUUUGGCUCGUACGAGGUGCAAAAUAGAUGCCCUCCUCAUGAAUUCGAGACCGCGCUUAAAUGGGGGCCGGUUACCUAUCAGAACAAACUACACAAGUGUGUCGGCAAAGCCGACUACAGUAUGUUUUCCGGCGAGCAAAACCACAUGUCCUGUCAUUUGGUCGUAUUUGAGGCGCAGCAGUUCUGGGACCAUGGAGCCUCCACAAGCAACCAUGGCCAAAUUCUAACGUAUAUGGCGAUUGUGCAGGCUAGCCGAAAGGCUAGGGGACUUUCGACUAGGGGACAGACAGAUAGUACUAUGUGGGGUGCCCUGAUAGAUGGGCAAUGGUUCUACUUCUUCCGGUUGAAUAACGGAGGCCAAUGGUCUUGUGUCGCCUACCAAGUACUUCGCGAAUACUAG